AUGGAACGAGGAGUGCUGACCAACGGCCAUGAGGCACCGUUAUAUACGAUCGAGGAGCACUUGAACUCAAGUCUUAUCUUCCUCCUCCGCGCGCCAGUGCCAGGAGUGAACGGCACCUUCAAGAGGUCUAGAAGUGGUCUACAAGUGGUCGACCUCGGGACCAAGAAGUCUCUUGAGCGACUAUGCAAAGGUUUAAGAAAAAACAAAAAACAACAGCAGAUGCAACAACAACAAAAUCAUAAAGAGCAGCAGAAGCAACAACAGCAGCAACAACAACAGCAGAAGAAGCAGCAGAUGCAACGACAAGAACAGCAAGAACAACAACAGCAAAUGCAACAACAUGAACGACAGCAGACACAGCAGCAGCAGCAGCAGCAGCAGGAAACAAAACAAUAA